AUGGAAAAAGCCGUUCGUGGAGCAACCAAACCUAAACGCGCUCCCCCAAAACCAAAAUAUGUGCAGGUUCUCAUUCCUGCCACUUCAAACGAAAGGAAUCUCGAGAUAAUCUUGAGGUGCCUCAAUCAAAGAUUACGGGAACAACCAUGGACAGAAGGUGCCUCCAAUCGUGUCCUAAAAGCUUUGGCGAAAGAGUCGUCCAUUUUGAACGUCUCGGGGUUUCAUGAUUUUGAGCAAACUAAAAACAUUCGCGCGUACGCCGCAUACCUGGGAGAAAGCGUGUCAGUUUACCGAGAUCUGAAGGUGGAUUACGCUACGACCAGAUCUGGCGUCAGUCGCUUGCGAAAUCUCACCGUUGCAAAGGGCCUCCUUCGUGAGGUCAAAUUGGUGCAAAAGCAACUGGGCGCUUUAUUGAAUUGCAAGGCGAUUAAUGAAGGAGUGAUUAACGUUCUAGGUAGUCAUCACUAUACUUCACAUUUCACUCAUAUCACCUUGAUUUCAUCGACUUACGACGCGCUUUCAUUGGGAUUUAGAAUAUUUUAUGGAAAUGUCAAAGCCAGGGAUCGACUCGCAAUGAAAAUACCUAAUUUAAAACAUGCAAACGUAUCGCUCACGAAUACUCUCGAGGAUUAUUUCAAUGACCCGGAUUUUGAAAUUAACAGAGAACAAUAUCGUCAUUCGAAAGAGGAACGGAACAAGAAUCCGAAAAAAAAAGCUGACGAUUCGUCUAAUCCCUCCGAAAAUGUACAUCAGAAAGAUCAAUUGAGAUCUACGCUGAGUUCCUCUUUUACUUAUUCUGAACUUGAUCCAACAGGCACGACGAAAUCCACCGAAACCAAAACACCAAAGGGAACGAAUUUUGAUUUUUUUGCGAGCAUCGAGCAAGAGCAAAUAACAAUAUUUGGCGACCAAUACCAUAAUCCUUAUGUCGCUCAGAGUUUUAUGGAUCAAAGUGUUACUAAUCCAUUUCUAAUCUUUCGGAAUCAGACAAACGAAUAUCCUGUAGCACCUCAAAUAAACCAAUACACAUUGUCACCACAUAUUUCAUCACCUGUGCAGGAUACCAACCCAUUUCGUUCAUCAAUCUUUUCCCAAGGUACAACGGUUGGACAAUACAAUCCAUUCCAAUCAUCACUAUCAACCUCUGAUGGAACGAAUCCGUUUCUUCCAGUAGGUCAACAGCAACUCUAUCAACCUCUCACUUCCGAAACCACCCCAUACUCGAGCAUACCUGUAGAUAGUAACCCUUUUAGAAGAUUUUCUACGGCACCGGGAUUCCAAUCCACUCAGACUUCUUUCCCUGAAUCAUUAACUGUUCAAGAUUCUUCUGCCAUCGUUCAAAAUACCAUAAAUACAAAUAAUCCCACUUUCCCACACAUUCAGUUUCAAUGA